AUGAAGUGCGGCGGAAUAAGACCUGCUCAGGACGACGACUCUGCCGUAAGCGCGGGCACGGUUAUCGAGGCCGGCGUUCCGACCAUUCUUCACAGCUGGAGUCCUCAGUUCCACACUUGCGAUGUGGCGCACCGCGAGGCUCGAGAUCACUGGCGCCAAAUACAGUUGUGUCCUCGAGCCUACAAGGUCACUACAAUGGGUACAUGUAGCCUUCCGGGUACGCACAGCCGUCCAUUGCCCGCUUGCGCAUCAAUAUUCGACCCUACAUCGGGCGCAUCGUUCUCCCACGACCCAUUAUAUACAGGUAUCCUGCAGCAUCUACAACAAGCGCACGUUAUUCCUGUGGAUGGAUCUGAUACAGGCAUACUGGUAUUGGCAUAUACAUGGCUUGUAGGUGGCCUUGAGUUGCAUGUCUUUGUUACAAGGAUCUUUUCCCACCUGGAUGCGCUCAACAGACCUUAUACCAACCCCGUACACAUCGGACGAUCAGGCGUCCUAUGUCAGAUAGUCGCUCGGGUUCUGCUGGUGACUCAGGCUGUCAACGACGUUCAAGAAGAGAUACUAUCAGUAUACAUUUAA